GUGAGAAACUGGGAGAGCUGGCUGAAUUCUUCAAUUACUUUCCCUCAUCUCAAUGGCCACGAAAACUUCCACAAGUGUUCGUCAGGGUGCUUCUGCUGCUAUGCCUCAACAAGUGUUCAUGGUGGGUAACAGCAAUGCAUUGGCAGAAAUUAAGGACAAGCUCACCAACUCGUCAAUUGAAAAAAGAGAAGUCAUCUCCAUCACAGGAAUGGGAGGCAUUGAGAAGACAACUUUAGCUAAAGAAGUAUAUGAAGAUGAAUGCAUCAAGUGUCAUUUUGACAUUCGAGCAUGGAUUACUGUGUCUCAAUCUUAUUCCUUGGAUGAUUUGCUCCGAGUGCUCCUCCAAUCAAUUGAAGCUUCUUCUCCAAAAGAAGGACAAUCUGCAAGAGCCAUCGAAUCUAGGGAGAAAGUCCGUAAGUUGUUGCUGGGCAAGAGGUAUCUAAUUGCAAUUGAUGACAUAUGGAGUACACAAGUUUGGGAUGAUUUGCAGAUAUGCUUCCCGGAAAAGAGAAAUGGAAGUCGAGUAUUGUUAACAACUCGACUCACAUAUGUGGCUACUUAUGCUAGUUCCGGUGGUCUCUCAUUUAACAUGCCUACCCUAAGCAAAGAAGAAAGUUGGGAUCUAUUUUGCAGAAAAGUAUUUGCAAAAGAAUCUUGUCCCCCUUGUAUUGACAAAUUGGGAGAGAUAUUGUGAUGAAAUGCAAAGGUUUACCACUCUCAAUUAUAGUGAUUGCUGGGAUUCUAUCCAAAGCUGAAAUGAAGGUAGAAGAUUGGAAAAAUGUUGCCAAAGAUGUUGUAGCAUUAUCAUCAACUUUAUAUGAGGAGCAAAAUUGUGAGAAAAUACUUUUAUUGAGUUACAAUCACUUGCCUGAAAAUUUGAAGACUUGCUUCUUAUAUUUAGGAGUAUUUCCAGAAGAUUAUGAGAUUCCAGUUAGAAGAUUAGUUGGAUAUUGGGGCGCUGGUAAAUUUGUUGAAGAUGAGGCUUUGGUGGCAAACAACAAGGAAGAAGUGGCAUGGCAAAAGUUGCAAGAUCUUAUUGAUAGAAAUUUAAUUUUGGUGGAAACAAGGGGACGGAGUGGAAGAAUAAAGACGUGUAAAAUCCAUGAUCUUGCACGUGAGAUGUGCUUGAGACUAGCUAAAGGCAAAAAUAUAUUGAAUGUCAUUGAUGACAAGUUUCAAGUUGGACAGUCCUCCAAAGAAAGAAGUCAAGAAAAUGGCAAUUUUUGGGUAAGCCUACAAUCAAUUCCUAAAUCUUGCUGUCAUAUUAGUCAUUUAGGUUUUAACCAUAGUGCCCUACAGAAAUGUCAUUCCUUUCUUGCUAUGUUUCCAUCUAAAUAUAAAUUCGAAUCCCAUGGAGGAAUUCCGAUCCUUAACUAUAACUUGUUCACAUCAAUUCAAGUACUUGACCUACUUCAACUUUAUUUGCCCUUUUUCCCUUCAUCUCUUUGGAUAAAUAACCUAAGUCAGUUGAGGUAUAUAGCUUUGUACAUUGGUGCAUUUCCUGGUUCCUUCUCGAUUUUAAGCAGCUUGAAAAAUCUACAAACGUUGAUUCUGCGAAGUGCACAACCUUAUGUAGUAUACUUAACCCUUCCAAAGAUACGACAAUUAAGGCAGCUUCACAUUUUGAAUAGCUCUUCAUUUCAUUUUAAAGAUGGAGAAGAAGAGAAUUUGAUAUCGGAGAAUCUGACAACGCUUUUGUGGUUAAGUGACUUUUGUUGCAAAAAUGAAGCGUUGAUGGUGAGGAUUCCGAAUGUAAAGAAAUUGGGGGUAAGAUAUGAAUUUCGGAAACUCAAGGACAGUAAGCAUCCCAUUGACUUGCUCAAAACUUUAAGCCAUUUGGAACAACUCGAAAACAUAAAGUUUUAUGGACAUGAAUUGUUAAAGAGAAUUGUGCUAGUUCCAAAACCAUAUGAUUUUUCACCGAAGCUCAAGAAGUUGAAAUUUUCUGAGACUCGUAUGAAAUUGGAGAUCAUGACCAUCCUUGGAAGGCUACCUAACCUCCAAGUUCUCCAACUAGAAGACGGUGCAUUUGAUAAUCGAGAGACCGAGUGGGAACAAGUUGAAGGGGGGUUUCCAAAAUUGAAAGUGUUAGUCUUCAAAGAUCAAAGGCUUUGUAGAUGGAUAGACAACGAUUUCACUUUCCCAAGCCUUGAGUGCUUGGUGCUAAACAAUUCCGGUCACUUGGAAUCACUCCCUUAUGAAUGCCUUUCUGGAUGUCCAUGCCUUAAGCUAAUUCAUUUGAAAAGGGGUUGUAGUGAUGGUGUUCUAGAGUCUUCAAAGAAAAUUCAAAAUGAUGGAGAUGGCCAGCUCGAGGUCCGCGAAGAGUUCGUUUACCCCGCAAUACGAUAUUGAAUUAUAGCAUUGUGAUGAUUGCCAAGUCAACAAUUUAACCAACUUAGCUGAGAUUGAAGAGAAUGGAAACAAGAAGCUAAGCAUCACAUGUUCUUCUACCUCUUUGAAGGUAACUUUGAUGACUCACCAGCAAAUCAACCGAAGCAAUCACCCAUACAUACCUCUUAGCUCCCCUGCCACCUACUCUCCCAUAACAAAUCCUAAGCUCUGUCAAUUUUGUUGUGAUUUAAGAAAUGGCGCAGGAGCUGGCCCAUGGGGAAUCAUCACUUGUGGGAAUCAAACCCGGGCUCUCCUAAAAUUCUUCCCCACAAAGAGAGCUCAAUUGCCACUUGAGCUACCCCAUUGGGUUAGAAAUGGUGUUUCUAAGACUUGUGUUUAUGUGCAUUAUGUUAAGAGUUUAUGUGUAUUCUAUUAUAUAAUUCUGUAUAUUAUGAAUUUCAAUUCCAUACCUCACUAGACAGAAAUGAUAUUUCUUAAACUUAUGUUUAUGUGUAUUAUGUUAAGUGUUUAUGUGUAUUCAACUAUACAAUUAUGUACAUUUUGAAUUUAGAUUCCA